UAAAAUUAUUGCAAGUUGCAAUUAAAAUAGGGUCUGGGUGACCCCAGGGUGUCAAAUUCUCAUGGUCAUACUAAAAUCACUACUAAUAAACAAGCCAUCAAAUUGCAUACAUGACUAGACAUGUAUUGUUAUUUUUUUUUUUUGUCUGUUAUGGCUUCAUUAUUAUACUUGAGCCUAGUAAUAAUUAUUAAAUUUCUUUCCUUGGGCAUAUACCCACAGUACAUGUACAUAAUUACUAGUAAUAUGAAGCGUAAUGUACCAUGUACACAAAAAAUAUCAGAAUAAGUGAUUUUUACCAUGGAGAGUUCAAUCAGAGAUCUUGUUUUUAGUGAGAGGUAUGUUUGGCUUUGUGUUAAUAAUCUUUGGAUUAUGAUAUUCUUGCAAGGUUGAGGAUGGUUUAGCAAAGAAUAUCCUUGAAAUACUUUUUCUAAUGUUGUGUCAAAUAACAUUGUAUAUUAUUACAGUUUACACCCGUUCAUUACAGUGAAUUCUUUGCUUUUCCUGGGUGCUAGAACGUCUAGACAGUAUAUCAUGCAAAUUUGGAUUUCAAAAUUAACAUACUCUGUUUUUCUCAUGCAGUAACAAAAUGAAAAACUCUUCUUCUAAAUUGAACAUUUUGCCAUUUUUCCUGCUGUGAUGUCAGUGAAUGAUAGAUCAAAUGCAUUCCUUGCAAUUUAUUGGACAGUUGUUUAAAAUCAUGGCCACAAUAAAAGCUUUUAUGUAGGUACCAUAAAUAAUUGAUUUUCAUCACAUUUGCUGUGGUUAAUGAUAUGCAAACCCUCUCCUUAUAAAUAAUCAUUCCCCUUUGUUUGUGGUCCAUAUUGUGUUUUCAGUCAUAUUAUUUAUAAUAUUUGUAGGAAACACCCUUUUAAAUUUGAACUCAAAAUUCAUUUUAAUGAAAUGGACUGUGCACUGUGCCAGCCAGGAUGCAACAACACAGGAUCUUGAGAACAAAAAUCAGAAAAUAUAUCAUAAAAUCAACACAGGGACACAUUUGAUAGAAGAAAUUUGCUGGAAAAGGAAAGAGGUCUAAACCAAGGAUGGUGAAUAGAAAACGUACCUCUACACCAGAAAAAUCCGGCUCAUCUGAGAGGGAGGCUUCUCCUGCACAGAAAGGAGGAGCUAAAUCUCCCGGAAGAUCUCGCUCAGGGAGCAGGAAAUUGUCCGGCUCUUUCUCAGGAAAGAAAAAUGACUUGAGAGCUCGUUACUGGAGUUACUUGUUUGAUAACCUGAAAAGGGCUGUGGAUGAAAUUUAUGGCACUUGUGAGGCUGACGAGAGCAUUGUAGAAUGUCAGGAGGUAAUUAUGAUGCUGGAUCAGUGUCGUCGAGACUUCAGUGCUUUGAUCGAAAGAAUAAAUGUGCAGGAUGCAUUUGAAAAAGCUGAUUACAAGGACAGGCCAACAUCUCUGGCAUGGGAAGUGAGAAAAUCUUCCCCAGGGAAGACACUGUUUUCUAGUGCCAAUGCUUUACAGACAUCACUUGAGAGAAACUCAACCAGUCCCGUCCGCUCGUUAGACUUCAGUUCACAAUCUGUUCCGCCAUUAAGUCAGUCACUUAAUCAGUCAGGAAAUUUAGUACCAGUGCAAUCUUGGGCUGACAAAGUGCGAGGGACCACAGCUAGUACAAAUUCUAACAGUGCUCCAUCAAAAACUAUUGAUCUGAAAGGACAAGAAUGUCACAAUGCCAUUCCUGGAUUAAGACGUUUGUCAGGGAAUUUAGAAGACUGUGUUGUUCAAGAUGUUAAUGAUGAUGGUGAUGAUGAAGGGUGGGAAACUGUUCAUCGUGGAAGAAAGAUGCAUAGCAAUCAUGCAAAGAAAGCAAAUAAAACUUCUGAGAAACUUUUGAAUGGAAAAAGGGAAACCAAAUCAAAUGAUUUGAGAAUGCAGGGGGUUACAAAUGGUACAUGCAGUAAUGGUGACGUUGGAAAUCAUAUUGAUGAUAAAGAAGUUUGUACAGAACCUUACCUAAAUCCAGGUGAAGCUUCUCAAGAGUUAUUGGAAAUUGAUAAUGACAAAGAAACGCCUGCUCUUUUUCUUGAUGGCGACGAUGAACAGGAUACGUUAUCAGACAUUGAACAUGAUAAGGCACUGUCAGCGGCAAUGGAGGAAGAAGAGAGUUUGUCAAGACAGAUAGAGGAAUGGCACAACCAAACAAUCGCAUCUGUUAUUGAACACGAGGAACGUUUGACAAAAGAGAUCGCAGAAGAAGAAGAAUUAGUAACAGCAAUAAACGGUGAAAGCGAGAGUCAGACCUCUGAUAUUGAACAAGAGGAAGAUAUUGAAAAUAUAAAGGAUGCGGAGAACUCUUUGAAUUGCAGUGUUACAACAAAUGGAGACAGUAAUUCCCUUGUGAACUCAGGAACCACUCUGACUUGGGAAGAGAUGAUUGCAAAGUAUGAUGGUAAGGGGCUAUAGUAUAAAUAUCUCUUAAGAAGGGUUGACAACAUCUUAGUCAGUGUUCUGUUUUGACAUGUAUAAAAGUUAAUGAAGAAAUAUGAUGAAUUAAUUAACGGUUUCUGAAUACCUUCAGAGGUGUCUCAUGUCCAGGUGAUGUAGUGCAUCCGGUUUAAACUGUAGACACCAAACCCAUGUGUCUAAUUAAAAAGCUUAUAGAACUGGCUAUAUCAAACUAUACCAACAAUUUUGAAAUAAAAUGAAUUGUCAAAUUUUUCACGACGUCAAAGGGAGUUUAUUUGUUUGUCCUGAUAAACUUCUAAAGGUAUACACAAUACAGUGACCUUAAUUAAAGCAGGAAGUAACCAAGCGAGUUGAUUUCAAGAAAUACAAAAUUAAACUUUAAAUAUGUACAUGUGCAUGUUAAUUAUACGGCAAGGUAGUCUUGAGGUAAAUCUGAGGAUUCUGAUUGGUUCUUUCAUGGUCGGGAUUUUGCCUUGCAGACUCUUUCUAAGGCCUACAUGCUAAACUACUUACCAUCCUAGCUUGCUUGAGCCAUGCUGGGGAAUAUUGGCCCUUGGUCUUUUUUGUAUGGACCUCACUGCACUCAGUCCAUACUGCCAUGGCCUUGGGCCAAUAUUCCCCAAUACGGCCCUCUCGCUCAGUUAGUAAGAGGCUAUUAAUAAAUGAACAUAUUAUUACUGCUGACUGCUAGUAGUUUUCAUGCCUCUGCAGCUCAUUGUAUGUGUACAUUUACUGUACUUUGAAUACAGUUACUUCUUUGGAGCCACUUUAGUCUUUUACAUUGUUUAACAUAUAAUUAUUACAUUUUUAAGAAGAUUACGACAUUUUUUAAUUUGUAAGACAUGUUUCGAUGUUACUAAUGUUGUCGUAAGUUACAGAAUAUUUGAAAAACCAUUAGGACUAUAUAACAACUAGGCAAAACAUGCAUAAUUAAUUAUCAUGAAAGUG